AUGGAAACGCAUUCUUGGGAUUUUUGGCCAUUUUUCUACGACGAGAAAUGUGCAUCGACACGGACGGAGAAACGAGUGGAACAGCGGUGGAAAUCGAAAAUAACGACUAUGGCGGACAUCUGGGCGAAAAUGGACGCCGAGGAAAGCGCUGGAUUUGAUGGAAAUAGGCCGCGACAUGAUACUGACAACGCGUCACAGACCCUUGUGCCUGCCCCCCGCUCCUUCUUCAUGGACGUCAAGUGCCCCGGCUGCUUCACCAUCACCACUGUCUUCUCCCACGCCCAGACCGUCGUCAUCUGCCAGGGCUGCACCACUGUCCUCUGCCAGCCCACCGGUGGUAAGGCUCGCCUCACCGAGGGCUGCUCUUUCCGCCGCAAGUAG